AUGAAUACAAUCAGGUCCACUUGGAUUGGCUGGGGCACCCUCUGCGUUGCCGGCGGCGGUGCCUACUACUUUGCCAAACAGUCCAUCAACGCUGACCGACAAAACCGAUUUGAAACCGAAAUGAAGCGCAAGGCCCAGAACAGGGCUAUGGAGGAUGAACACCGGCGACAGGUUGCUAUGGUUGGACCUAACUCGACCCCGACACCCGGUGACGACGCCAGCUUGAAGCGUGCAAAUAUGUCUCAAUUCCAGAAUGCUACCGACGAUGUCGCCUCACCCAGUGCUGAAGCUUCGCAUGACCCAGCACCGACCCGUCACGAACCCAUGACUGAAAAUGACCGGGUCUUGGAGAAGGGGAAAUAUGAAGCUGCAGAGCCGUUCCGACCCCCUCGUGGCAACCGGUUCAGUUAA